AUGCGCUCUGCUACCGCUCUGCGAGCCCGCAUUGAGCGCGCUUCAAUCUCCAUCGGAAUCGGACAACACCAAUACUCCAAAUGGUCUACUCACUCCUGUUGGCUUAAUUCAAAUGGCACAUAUCGAUUUCCAAUCUUUCUACAAAUACAGAGACAUGUGUCAACUGGAUCAUCUACAAACCGUAAUAAUGAUAAUAAUGCUCGAUUCAAAUCUGCGGAUCGCCUGCUUGGCAGGACGUGCAUGAUCACGGGAGGCUCUUCGGGCAUCGGUUUCGCGGUCGCAGAACGUUUCCUUCAAGAAGGGGCUGAAAAGGUCAUUCUUGUGGGCAGAUCCUACGAGCGCCUUUUGAGUGCUGCGGAGCGCCUGCGGGGGAUUGCUACCUCCAAACAAGUGUCCGCCAGCGGUGGUGAUGACGCGGCAGUAGCGACGCGAUCUCCCGAGGAGGAUAGCGAAGAAAUCGCCAAGGAAAGAGAAAGAGAUCAUGGCAGCCUAUUGUCACGUCAAGAAUUGUCUCCAGGAUCGCUUGUUGCUGCUACCGACAAUAUCUCCUUGCUCGUGGGAGAUGUCUCCUCGGCUGAUCAAUGGAUGCGAGAAUUGGAGAAGGAGAUGGAGAACGUCGACGUCCUCGUCAACGCAGCAGGGAUAUCAAUUUCCAAUAUCCUGCCCAAAACCGACACAGUCGACAUCUCCAGAAUACUGUCCACAAACCUGGAGGGCGCAAUUCUGACUUCUCGCGCGAUGCUGCGAGCAUGCGUUCGAUCUCGUCUGAAGAAGCGUGGCGAUGCGACGACAGAAGACAAACGAUCAGACCUCUCUCUCUCCAAAUGUAUCAUCAACAUCUCUUCCUUGCUCGCACUCAAAGGUGUCACAGGCACCGUCACCUAUGCCGCAUCAAAGGCGGGUUUGCUUGGUCUGACCCGCUCUGUGGCUGUCGAAGCGGCAGAGACGCUUCGCGGCGUGACAGUGCGCUCCAAUGCCAUUGUGCCGGGGUACAUUGAAACGCCAAUGAUUGAAGACUUCAGCAGCGACCGAAUCUCCAAAUUGAAAGACAGUAUCCCUCUGAAGCGGUUCGGCUAUCCACAGGAAGUUGCCGAUGCCGCCGUUUUCCUAGCCAGCAAUGAAUACGCCAACAACUGCGUGCUCAAUCUCGACGGUGGGCUAAGCGCAGUGUGA